GUCUCAUUGACAAGGUUUGUUUUGACUAAAUGUCACAAAGUUUUAUGUUUUAUUUUCUGGAUACAAGAAGCCUCCACACUUUACUUAUAUAAAAAUAGUAACGUUUGCAAUAAUGGCUCUACCAAAAACAGACAAAAAGAUCAAAGACAUGGUACAGGCUGAUGAAAUGUGGAAAGUUUAUAUCCGAGCUGGUGAUGACUCUGAGAAAAUUUGGAGAUAUAACUGGGGUUGGAUGCUUGACGAAUACAAGGAUUUGAAACAGAAGAUGGACGAGAAGACAGCAACCUCUGAACUCUUAAAACGAGUAACGAAGGAAAAAAAGAGAGAUAAUAGGGUUUUAGGAAAUUUUCCUUUGUCAUUAAACCACUGGUAUGGUUGGCUGGCUGAAAAAAAAGAAUACCAUUUAGAGAGUAUGACGAGUCCGGACUUUUUCAAACCUCUUCCGCUACCUGAAAUAUACAGGGUAACUGAAAAAUGAAGAUAAUCCUCUGUAGGGAGAAAAAUUUAUUGUUAUUUUUUCUGACAU